ACACACACACACACACACACACACAGAGAGACAGACAGGUGUCUUCUUCACAGCGAAUCAUGUCCUCGUCGAGAAACUCCUCAAACUUCACCCACACCAACAGGUUCGCGCAGCCUCCGUGGCGCGUGGCGCUCUGGUCGCUCGCGUUCGCGCUGGUUCUGCUGGUGGCCGUCACCGGGAACCUGAUCGUCAUCUGGAUCAUCGUGGCGCACAAGAGGAUGAGGACCGUAACCAACUACUUUCUGCUCAACCUCGCGGCGUCUGACGUGUGCGUGGCUGCGCUCAACGCGCUGGUGAACUUCGUGUACGGCGCGCACGGAGACUGGUACUUCAGCAGCGCGUACUGCCGCUUCCAGAACUUCUACCCGGUGACCGCGGUGUUCGCCAGCAUCUACUCCAUGAGCGCCAUCGCCUUGGACAGGUACAUGGCGAUCAUCCACCCGAUGAAGCCACGCCUCUCAGCAUCGGCCACGAAAGGCGUGAUCGCAUGCGUGUGGAUUCUGGCUGCGUUCCUGGCGUUCCCACUCUGCUUCUAUUCCAUAACUGAAGUGAGGCCGCACAGGACGGUGUGCUACGUGUCCUGGCCGCGGCGCGACGCAGACGCAUUCAUAUAUCACGUGAUCGUGGCCGUGCUGGUGUAUCUUCUGCCUCUGGUGCUCAUGGCUGCCACCUACAGCAGGGUCGGACUCACUCUGUGGGGCGGAGGAUUUCCAGGACAUUCCUCAGAAAACUUCCAGGGUCACCUGCAGGCCAAGAGAAAGGUUGUGAAGAUGAUGGUGAUCGUGGUGGUAACAUUUGCCAUCUGUUGGCUUCCAUAUCAUGUGUAUUUCAUUGUAACGAGCUUCAACCAGAAGCUGAAGAAGAUCAAGUCGAUCCAGCAGGUGUAUCUGUCAGUGCUGUGGCUCUCCAUGAGCUCCUCCAUGUACAACCCCAUCAUCUACUGCUGCCUCAACAGCAGGUUCCGCGCAGGCUUCAAACAGGUGUUUCGCUGGUGUCCCUUCAUUCACGUGUCAGACAGUGAUGAGCUGGAGCUCCAGAUCACUCACUUCCAGCAGAACCGCCAGAGCAGCCUGUACACGGUCACGCGUGUGGAGUCCUGCCCCGACGCGAGCGCUAACCCCAGCAGACGCAAGAGCUCCAGCACCAGCCACCGCAGCAGCCUCAUGGGCCAAUCACGGCCCUCCGCACGACCCUCGCUCAACGGGGGUCUCCAUGUUAACCCCGCGAGCCCCGGCGAGAAGGAGCUCAGCUGAGAGGAGACGGCGGCACAGAAACUAAAGGACGUGCUCCUCCGUCAGACAGCUUCACCUGCACCAGCUAUGUGUUCUUCAGCCCAUAUAUAAAAUAACUUGCCACAUAUAUGAAACUGAACACUUGGAGGACACACACCGCCCCACCUGCUGAUGUUUGGGUUGUUAAACUUUAUUUGAUUGUCUCCUUUAGACAACCAUAAUAAACUUUGCAACUAAAUGUCAACUAACAGUCAUUAGAGUAUUAGUAGACUGUUAGGUUAUGGUUAGUAGAAUAAGUUAUGGUUAGGUUAGGACAUGUGCUUGCAAAGUUACUUAUAAUCAAUGGAAUGGCGUUGCAGUUGCAAAGUUACAUAUAAUCAACAGAGUGUUUAAAGGUGACCAUCACAGUAAAAUGUUAGGGUUAACAGGGUUAGGGUUAGGGUUAGGGUUGAGAUGUAAUGGGCUUUAAUGCUGCUACAGAUUCAGAAUUCAGUGAAGUAACUGUAUUUACGUUACAUUUUCAGGCAUCAUAAUUCAGAUGAUAGAAAGGUGAUCAUAUUUUGAGUUCUUCACUCAUGUUGAGCACACUGUCGGGCAGCUGCACGCAUGUCCUCUCGUUCUGUAGCUGUGUUCCAGUUCAGAGACUGCCUUUGAACAAACGAAUGCUUCAGAUGUGGAGUUUUUCUGGGCCACGAAGGAUAUAUCAGAUGGGUCCUUCACAGCACAGAUUAUCCUAAGAUUCAUUGUGCAGCAGUUUGUUUAGGCUUGUAAAGGUGCACUAUGUAAUAUUACAGCUAGCAGUUAAAAUGCCUCCCUUCUCCUCAGACUAGCCUUACUCUGUAAGUUGAUGAGUUGAUUUGUCCCCGUUUUAAUAUUCCUCUGCUCAUAGAGCUUUUUAGAUUAGUUUGGGUAGAAUCUAUCUCUGACUCUGUUCAUUUGCUCUCUUCUGUGGCUGCAAUACGCUCUGUUUUCCACCAACUGGCAGCCUGGACUAUUGAAAUACUAUUGGGUGCCACUGGGCUGUGGGCGGGGUCACACAGUAGAAUAACUGGCUGUAUGUUAAUUUAGCAUGUUUCCCUACAUUUUAUGGUAUUUUUUUGCUUUAAUACAGUCAUAAAAAUUACAUACAGCACUUUUAAGUGCAAGUAUUUGGUUUUAACUUAAUAGAAUAGAAUAUUUAAAAAUGUUGCUGUAAUGUAUUACUAAGAUGCAAUUUUAUAGAUUAUUUAUCCUUUAUUAUGUAGAAAAGUGGAUAAAGGUGAGCAUAUUUAGACAAGUAGUGAACUGUUUUGUUUUCAGUCCAGUUGUCUGUCAGUGAGCUGACAAGAGCAAUCCUAUUAGUUUAACAGCACUGGGUUUGACCUUCGUGGCCUUUGAAGGAUGCAGACUCUGAAUUGGGACACAGUUUGUUUCAUUGGUCGGUUCACAUGGUAAGAUGUUGUGUUAUAGUCUAAACCACCAAUCAUACACUCCUGUGGCAUGUUGUUUUUGUAGGUUUGUGUCAUCAGCCGUAUGUCCAUAACCAGCAGUAUAACGAUAAUAAUAAAGUGUUGCUCUUCAGCCAUGUG